GGCGAACGGCCGCUCAUAACACCGACACGGACGUCACGGGGACGAUGUCAGGCACCAUGAGGAUGGCGAUGCUGCUGUUGGUGUGCCUGAGUGCGCAUGUGGCUGUUUCGUCCGCUCAGUCUAAGCCGCAGCUGGCUCUCGAUGAGACCUCCAACACGCCCAUCCUGGACUUCCUCCAGAAAACUGCAACGCAGUUCAGGGAGAUGGACCCCGAUGAGGUGAGCGAAGCGAAACGGGAGCAAUGGGCAUCUUCCUAGAUCCCUUUAUUUUGUGUGUGUUGCCUAUGUGUCGCUUGCAGGCGAGUGCUCGUGUGGCCAAUUUCGUCAAAAACGCGACGACCAACGCGCAGGAGUACCUCGCUAAUCUGGACGAAGACGAGGCGAAGGAGACCGCCAAGAACCUCUUCAAAGAAGCCACGCAGUCGGCAAGUGAGUUGGGCUGGCGGGCCAACGAAUUAGACAUACACACUGACUCCACUCACUGUCCUCAAUGCAGGCAACUGGGUGACGAAUUUCGACAGCGAGGCUGCGAUGGAGAAGCUCGGUUCGACCAUUGACAGGGUCGUACCGGCCUCCAAGGACUUCUUGGACAAUGUGGAUGUCGACGAGGCCAAGGUCGCCGUCACCAAGUGGGCCAAGAGCGCCCGGGAUCGCUCACGUGACAUCCUCGACAAUGUCGACAUCGAGAAGGUCCAGGAGACCGUGGGCUCGCUCGUCGGAGGCGCCACGGAACAGAGCAAGGAGCUGCUGGUACGUACGCACCUACACACGGAUGGGAUCAAACCCACGAGGCGAAAAGGCUUGGUUUGUGUGCAGAAGGAGCUCAAUCCGAAUGAGACUCAGGCGACGCUCGAGGCGAUAGUGGAGAAGGCCGUGCACACGGGGCAGCAGAUCGAUGAAGGCGUCAUCUCUCAGAUCGUCGGCAUCGGCAAAAUCGACUUCGGACGUACGGCAGAUGACACACACACACACAAACACACACACGCCAAGACGGCAGCAGACUGCUGACUAUGUUUUUUGUGUGUGUGUGUCCCAAUGUAUGUAUUGCAGCCGUCCAGACGGAGAUGCUGUCCAGCAUGCUCAAUGGCGUUGUCGCCAAGGGCCGCGAUGUGAUCGAGAACGCCACCCCCGAGGAGGCCGAGGCGGCCGCAUCGGACCUCGCCAAACGUACACACACCCUCGCCUCGCCUCGCCCAGAGACACGCGCAUAUGUGCCGUUGCGCCUUUCUCCCUCGCUGCUUUCAGGUGCUGUUGAAGAGGGUCGGACUUUUCUGAGUGGCGCGACCGACGCGCAGGUGACCAAGACGGUGUCCAGCGUGGUGGACCGUGUGGUGGAGGGCGGCCGGUCCUGGCUCGCCGAGCUCGACACCGACAAACUUAAGAAGAACACCAACGAGUGGAUGAACAGCGCCGUCGACAAGGGCAAGCAGUGGCUCGAAAAAAUGGACGUCGAAGAAACAUCCGGUCAGCCGAGACAAGACAGCCGAGCAGCCGUCAUAUCAAGAGUGCUGUCAUGGUGUGUGUGUGUGUAUGUGUGUGUGUGUUGCAGAGAAGGUGGGCGACCUGGCGGUCAAUGUUGCCAAGAGGGGUCAGGAUUGGAUCCAGAAGCUCGACCCUGACAAGGCCUCCAAGACGGCGUCGCGGGUGGUGGGGCAGCUCAGCAACUUCUUCUCACGCAUCAACGGCAGCCCAGCCAGCCCUGCCACAUCCACUGCUACUGACACCGGGGCGUAGAUAGCUAGCUACUACGCGGCCCUCUGGCCCAUUCAUUCUUUUCCCUCAACACGUUUCUUGUGCAUUUUGCUGAAUAAGGCUCCUACAGUAGUUGUGUACACAGAUAUCUGAGACGGGAGGCAGGCCUGUGGACGUAUCCCCGCGCUACGUACCACCCCAAUAGGGUGGAGCAAGGGGACCCCACUCAGCUGGCGUGCUCCAUCGACUUUGUUGGAAUAUGUGUGUAUGUGUACAUCCACUGACUAAUGAAGGUGGGGG